AUGAAGGUAGACAAGAGUUGCAUGUUGAAACAAUUAAAGCACGGUUUUGUUUGUUUUGCUGAAUUUUCUCAACCUCCUAGUACUUUCGUUGAUCUACUUACUGCUGUAUUUAUUGUUGCUUUCAUAUCCCAGGUUAUUUCAAAGGAUUUAUUUGGGGUUCUGAAAGAUCAACGUGGAGCAAAUUUUACGUCUUUUAUAUCAGAUAAGAUUACAAUUGUACCUGGUGAUGUUACUUGUGAAAACUUGGGAAUUAAUGACUUGAAUCUGUCACACGAGAUAUUCACAGAGGUAGAUGUUGUGAUUAAUCUAGCUGCAACUACUAAGUUUGACGAAAGAUAUGACGUUGCACUGGGGAUCAAUACUCUUGGACCUAUGCAUGUUUUGAACUUUGCUAAAACGUGUGGUAAAUUGAAGGUGCUUCUUCACGUAUCAACUGCUUAUGUGUGUGGUGAAAGAGAGGGAGUCAUACUUGAGAAACCCUUCAACCUGGGUGACACUCUUAAUGGAACAUCUGGACUGGAUAUAAAUGCUGAGAAACAACUAAUUGAGGAAAGACUGAAAGAACUCAAUGCUGAGAAUGUUUCUGCAAAAUCGAUUACCUCAGCAAUGAAGGAUUUGGGAAUUCAAAGAGCAAGAAAGUAUGGUUGGCCAAAUACCUACGCAUUUACAAAGGCAAUGGGAGAAAUGCUUAUUGGAAUCUUCAAACAAAACAUACCCCUCGUCAUCAUCCGUCCAACCAUUAUAACUAGUACAUAUAAAGAGCCCUUUCCCGGUUGGCUUGAAGGAGUCAGAAACAUUGAUAGCUUUGUACUUGGAUAUGGUAAAGGAAGGAUUAAAUGCAUUCCUGGAGAUCCUCAUAGCAUAGUAGACUUGAUUCCAGCAGACAUGGUGGUGAAUGCUAUGAUAGCAGCAAUGGUGGCUCAUGCGGAUGAACCUGAUACUCACAUUAUUUACCAUGUUGGAUCUUCUAUGGCUAACCCCGUCUCUUAUAGCUCUCUUCAAGAUUUUGGACUCCAUUACUUCACCAAGAAUCCAUGGACUGGUGAGGAUGGAAAGCCAACCAUUGUUGUCAAGGCUAUGCAGUUGAGUUCCAUGGCUAUCUUUCAAAGAUACAUGAAGAUUCGUUACCUGAUUCCUUUGAAGGUACGAUAUGCCUGUUACAUACAGUACUAAAUAGUAAAAGACAUU